CUCUUACUAUCUUCUUCUUCCCUUUUACUUCCUCACCAUCCUCUAUCCUAUCAAGAUGGAAUUCGAUCCGAAAACUCCGCAAUACCUGACCUCCGAUAAGUCGAGCUUUGCCUACAAAUCGGUGAACGACCGUUGGCCCGUCAUUGUCACUGGCGCCAUUGAUGACCUGCACCGCACUGUUGCCGAUGUCACCGACGAGGAGAAGCGCAAGGAAGGAAAGUCAAUCAUCGAGAAACUAGCCGCGCUGAAAUACGAGAUUCAGCAUGAUAGGCAAUUGACUCCCCUUGUCGAUGACGGGGAGCCUGGAAUCGCCGAAUACAAUCAGGAAUUAGAGCAGCGAGGGAACCCCAAGUGGCACCAUGUCCCCUGGCUUUUCUCAGAGUGUUAUCUAUACAGACGUAUAAGCACCUUGUUUGCCAUGUCGAAGUACUGGAAGGGCUACGAUGUGUUUUCCCGCCAGAAGAUGUCUACCUUUAAAUCGUCUCGUCCGGCUGUGCUGGAAUUGGCCGCAAGGUACAAGGAGUUGGCUCUGGAGGCGGAGAAGGGGGAGUUGAACGAGGAUGCGGAGCGGCUUCUCUUCGCGGAGAUGUGUGAGAUUUGUCUGUGGGGAAAUGCUACGGACUUGUCUCUGUUGACUUCUAUUACCUACGAGGAUAUCCAGAAGCUUCAGGGGUCCCAGGCUCGCAAGGCAGCGGAGAAGAACAUCCUCGUCAACGAUAUGGACGCGGCCUUUGACGUUCUCCGCAAGGCACAAAAGGAAAAGAAGGCCGAGCGCCGAGUAGACAUCGUGCUUGACAACGCCGGAUUUGAGCUAUUUGUGGAUCUCAUUCUCGCAGGAUACCUUUUGUCCGCGGGUAUCGCCACCACAGUGGUUCUUCGCCCCAAGCUCAUUCCCUGGUUCGUCUCGGAUGUCAUUCCUCGUGAUUUCGUAGACCUCAUCCAAGCUCUUGCCGACCCGCAGUCCUUCUACACCGCCGCUGAUGAGUCUGGAAGGGAAUACACUCCUCUUUUGGACCAGGAAGUCUCCGAGGUGAAGUUCCUUUUCGAGCAAUGGAGCCGAUUCCACGCGGAGGGCAAGCUGGUUAUCCGGCCCCAUCCCUUCUGGACCGCCGGUGGCUCAUACUGGCGCAUGCCUCACGUUGCCCCUGAUCUAUUUGAAGAUCUUAAGGAUGCAGAGCUCGUUCUAUUCAAGGGUGACCUCAACUACCGAAAGCUGGUUAGCGACGCGGACUGGGACCCUACAACACCAUUUACUACCGCAAUCGGCACUCUAGGUCCCAAUUCAGGUAUCCGUGUAAUGUCUUUCCGUACGUGCAAAGCAGAUACUGUGGUGGGCCUCGCACCAGGAGAGGACGAGAAGCUUCGCCAACUCCCUGGGGGUGGUGGAUCGACGUCGCGUGAAUGGGCUUGGACUGGCAAAUGGGCUGUUAUUUCGUUCUGUGACGGAAAGGCUUGAGAUAUUCGAACUUUGUGCGCGAUGGGCAUAUGCCUGGCUAUAUCAGAUAAUAGACAACGAUAGAGAUGGAUGGUCAAAGCAUCUUUGGGCGACUUGGG